AUCCAAAACCCUCCACCAACUCUGUCUUUCUGGUGAAGAAAACAGAGUGAGCGUCUUACUCAUCUUCAAAGAGCACAACAAUUACAAUUUACGUCUACAUUUCUUAUCUGAGUAAUGGAAUCUGAUUAUGGACUUCCUAGAGAGCUUUCUCAUCUUCAAAAGAGUCGUUCGCUUUAUCAGCCGGAACUUCCUCCCUGCCUUCAGGGAACUACUGUGCGAUUAGAAUUUGGUGAUGCAACUACUGUGGCAGAUUCAUCUGGUGGCCACACUAUCAGUCAAUCGUUUCCUCACACAUAUGGUCAGCGUUUGGCUCAUUUUCUUAGGGCAACAGCCAAAGUCCCUGGUGCUCGGAUUAUUAGCACACAUCCUGCACUGAGGGUUGGACUGGUUUUCUGUGGUAGACAAUCUCCUGGAGGGCACAAUGUUGUUUGGGGCCUUCAUGAAGCUCUUAAAAUUCACAACCCUAAAAGUAUUUUGUUAGGAUUUCUUGGUGGUUCUGAAGGUUUAUUUGCUCAAAAAACUCUUGAGAUCACAGAUGAUGUUCUUGCAACCUAUAAAAAUCAAGGUGGUUAUGAUCUUCUGGGACGCACAAAGGAUCAAAUAAGAACAACAGAACAAGUCAAUUCUGCAAUGGCUGCAUGUAAUGCUUUAAAGUUGGAUGGCCUUAUCAUUGUUGGAGGGGUGACAUCAAACACUGAUGCUGCUCAGCUUGCUGAGACUUUUGCUGAAGCAAAAUGCUCCACAAAGGUUGUUGGGGUACCUGUUACUUUGAAUGGAGAUCUUAAGAACCAAUUUGUUGAAGCAAAUGUUGGUUUUGAUACAAUUUGCAAGGUUAACUCCCAGCUAAUCAGCAAUGUCUGCACAGAUGCACUUUCAGCAGAGAAGUACUACUAUUUUAUUCGACUCAUGGGUCGGAAGGCAUCUCAUGUGGCCUUGGAAUGCACUCUACAGUCACACCCAAACAUGGUUAUUCUUGCUGAAGAGGUUGCUGCUUCAAAGCUUACUAUAUUUGACUUAACAAAACAGAUUUGUGAUGCAGUCCAAGCCAGGGCAGAAGAAGAGAAGUACCAUGGUGUUAUCCUACUUCCAGAAGGUCUUAUAGAAAGCAUACCUGAAAUUUAUGCCCUGUUGCAGGAAAUCCAUAUUCUUUUAAGACAAGGUGUUUCUGUUGAUAAAAUAUCAAUGCAACUGUCACCUUGGGCAUCUGCUUUAUUUGAAUUUUUACCACCAUUUAUUAGAAAACAGCUUCUCCUCCAUCCAGAAUCUGAUGACUCAGCACAGUUGUCUCAAAUUGAAACAGAGAAGCUUCUUGCUGAACUCGUGGAGGCAGAAAUGAACAAACGCCAGAAAGAAGGUUCAUACAAGGGGAAGAAAUUCAAUGGUGUCUGCCAUUUUUUUGGGUAUCAAGCUCGAGGCUCUUUACCAUCAAAAUUUGAUUGUGAUUAUGCCUACGUGCUAGGACAUAUUUGUUACCAUAUUCUGGCAGCUGGUCUGAAUGGUUAUAUGGCGACUGUCACUAACUUGAAGAAUCCUUGUAACAAGUGGCGCUGUGGUGCUGCUCCUAUAACCGCUAUGUUGACCAUAAAGAAUGAUGUUGGUGGUUCACGCGCAAUGACAAUUGGAAAACCGCUUCUUCAUCCUGCUAUUGUGGAUUUGAGAGGCAAAGUAUACGGGUUGCUAAGAGAAAACGCGAGAAAAUUGUUGUUGGAUGAUAUUUACAGAAACCCUGGACCACUUCAAUUUGAUGGGCCGGGUGCUGAUUCACGGGUCGUGAGUUUGUAUGUUGAGGAUCUUGAUUAUAUGGGUCGUAUUAAAGAGCUAAAUGAAUAUCUUGAAAAGGUACGAGGUAUUGUGAAACCGGGUUGUUCUCAGGAUGUUUUGAAAGCGGCUCUGAGCGCCAUGUCAUCAGUCACAAAUGUUCUCUCUAUCAUGUCCUCACCUACUAACACAAGUGCUUAGAUUAGUAGUUUCUUUUAAUAACCUCAGGAAAAUGUGGAAUGAUAUUCUAAUGCUUCACACUUGUUAUUAUUAUCUUUUUAAUGAUAAAUGAACAAAAUUGUGUGAGGAUUGAGUUA